AUGGUAAAUAUUUUCUAUGCUACUGUUCUUGCUGCAGCCGUAAUGGUUGGUGCCCGGGCUGGUAUCAACGGCACCACUAGCAACCCUACUCUCUACAUCUUUGGAGAUUCACUUUCGGACAUUGGAGGCAUGAAAAACAAAACAUUUGGCAUAAUUCCUCCAUGGCCCUUUUGGCAGGGCCGCUUUUCAUCGGGACCCCUGUGGAACGAGUAUCUGGCCAAGCUCCUUGGCUACAACCUGAUCAACAAGGCUGUCGGCGGAAGCACCUCUGAUGUUUCUAGCUCUUCUCUUACAGUGUACUCAAUUAUCAAUCUGCCCAUCUAUGUCCCAAGCACUAUGGACCAGAUAAAUGAGUUUAAAUCAAGCAGCCCAAUGUACAAGGCUUCCUGCGUAACCGAUGACGACAUUGUCAUACUUGCUGUUGGAGCUGAUGAUUUUUUGGCCGAAAUGGUCAAUCUGUCGACGAACAAGCUGACUGUUGAGAAUUUCUCUGAGACUUUAUCAAACAACAUUGUGUAUCAGUUGGAGCAGCUCCGCAGUAUUGGAUUCAAGAGAAUUGUUGUCGCCAACAUGGCUGCCAUUCAUUACACACCGUAUGCAGAUAUACUGGGUAUGAAGGAUGUGGCCAAUGUUACUAUAAACUACUAUAACAAACAGCUGGCCAUCAAGGCCAAUUCCUGGGCAAGCAGUGCCCCUGGGCUAAGCUUAUUUGCAAUUGCUGAUAUUGCUGGAUUCAUCGAAACCACACUCAACUCUUCCGAUAUUAUUAAUUCCUUAGGAAUCACAAAUGCCGAUUCGGCUUGUUUGGGCGGAAAUACGCUGAAGCUGGUAAAUUCAAAAAACAGAAUGUGGAUGUUUAUAAGCAUGCUUUUUAAUGUAAGCGAGACACUGAUGUGCUCAUCUCCAGAGAACUCUUACUUUUUUGAUGUUCUUCAUCCGGGUGAAAAGAUUACAAGACUGUUUGGAUAUUAUAGCAAUGCACUUAUCAAAUUCGCUAACAUUGGCAAGCAACUGCCUCCAACUAAAGCUAACCUGCUUGCCAUCAUCAACAAGUACAAUCUUGGAUCCACUGUUGUCAAGCCCGUUCAAAUAAUGAGAUAUGAUCCAUUAGCCCUGAACUUGGAGUAA